UUGACUGCUCAACAUGUUCGUUAAAUUGUGUAUCUUGCUUGUGAUCCAUGCUUUUCUUGCGGCUCGUUCAGCGGAGUCUGACUGUCAACCCGAUGAGAGAAGCACAAGUUUGGAAUUCUGCCCGCACUUGUACAAUACUCGCAUGUUCGCGGACAGAGGACAGGCGGCAUACAACAUCGACAAAGGGAGGAUUUGCUGCCCAAUGCCGGGAAACGAGCUGCCGAAUACAGAGAUUUGCGGACAAAGUGAAGCCGUGGUGCGAAUCAUGGGUGGCAGUGAGGCGACUCCCAACGGCUAUCCUUGGAUGGCUAUGCUUCUAUACCAGAAUCUAUCGUCCUGGGAAAUAAAUUCGUUUUGCGCGGGCUCCCUGAUCAACAAUCGCUAUGUUCUGACCGCAGCCCACUGUGUGUACAACAUGCCAAGCGAAUUGAUCCUCAAGAGCGUCCGACUGGGCGAGCAUGACACUACCAGCAAUCCCGAUUGCACAUUCCACGGAGCACGGAGGUUCUGUGCUUCCCCCCAUGAGGAAGUCGAAGUGGAGAACAUUGUUGUGCACGAGAAAUAUCACAUGGGCGGCACGAGAAUAAACCAAAACGACAUCGCUCUGCUGCGCCUCCGGAUGCCAGUGCGCUAUUCGCGGGGAAUAAGACCGAUUUGUGUUCGGGGACCCCAUAACUUCCGGACCAACUAUGGCUUUCGAAUAGCCGGCUGGGGAAAGACGGAAACUGGAAGACACAGUCCAGUAUUGUUAAGCGGCAUCAUUGGGAAAAGGCACUUGGAUAGGUGCUCAGAGAAGUCUCCAGAUCUAAAUUUCGAUAUAUAUUCCCAAAUAUGUGCCGGCGGCCUGGAUGGGAAUGACACCUGUGUGGGCGACUCUGGCAGUCCACUGAUGGCCACCAUGGGACAGGGCCUCAACGAAUAUGUAUAUCUGGCCGGCAUCACAUCAAAUGGACCACCAAUUUGCGGAAUGAUUGGUUGGCCAGCCGUUUACACAAAAACUUCGGCGUUUAUCGAAUGGAUACAGAACAAUAUUAGGCCUUGAAAGCUCAAAAAAACAAAAAUUUCAUUUUAUCUGCUUAAAGAGUUUGCUUGAUUUUACAGAGAUAAAACAAUGGAAUAUUAUAAAAAUGUAAUAUUUAAAUCAUAAUUUUAAAUACAAUGCAUAUUAAAUUCCACGAUUUAAUAUUAGGUACUUUAAUUAAUGAUGGAAACAUUACAUUUAUAGUAAUUCCAUUUGGUUUAAAUACAUUUUUUAUAAUCUAAAUAUGGUUUAAAUUUAAAUUACAUUUGCAGAUACUAAAUUCAAUUUCAAAAAUAGUUAAAAGAAAAACUUUUAAAGAUUUUUUCAAAAUAUUUGGAUUUACUACGUUUUUUUCUUACCAGUGUACAAAACGGUAUUUUUUUGCAGAAUUAAACACAACUUAAAAGUUUUCCAACGAACUAUAAGUUUGAUUUUAAGCCUUUUAACGCUACGAUUUCUCGCCACUAGUUCUUUAGAAUUAAAACCCAGCAGCGUUUUAAAUUGGAUUAGUUUUAUUUGUCAAAAGAACUCGUAAAAUAUACACAAAUACACGCAGGUCAAUACUGUUACGAUUACAAGAAACCCCACAACACGCAAAUGACGAUAAAUUACAAUAGUGACUGUUGACAGAGA